AUGGACGGCCUCUCAGUAGCAGCCAGUAUUAUCGGUGUGAUCCAAUUGGCUGGAUCUAUUGUCAAACUGUGUGGAGGUUACAUCCAAGAUGUAAAGGAUGCUAGGGCCGACAUCAUUGCUCUGCGACAAGCGAUCAACGGUCUCGUCAGUGUUCUCGAGAACCUUGCAGCUGUUCUCCACAAUCCUAAUUCAAGGUUAGGUAUAACAUCUGUAUUGAAAGACGAUAUCCGCACUUGUCUCUUGAAACUAGAAGCCCUUGAAGUGAAAGUUGAUAUAGGAAAGGGCAAAAAAGCGAUGAAAAAACUUGGGUUUCGAGCGCUGAAAUGGCCGCUGAAGCGUUCAGAAGUCGAAAGAGCGAUGAGCGAUAUUGAGAGAUACAAGUCUUCAUUUUCUUUGUCGCUGCAGGCUGAUCAAAUGGCAAUCAUUACCGAUGUGGCUGGAACAACCAGCUUGAUUGAUCAAAACAUGGAUCUGCAAAAACUGCCAGUUGCCCACGGGGCUGAAUUUGACUCUUACAUGGAUCAACACGAAGACGAGUGUCUUGAAGGGACCAGAACAGACCUCCAGCAACAAAUCGCAACAUGGGCAGCAUCACCACAAGGCAAUUGCAUCUUCUGGUUGAAUGGAAUGGCUGGAACUGGAAAAUCGACCAUAUCCCGCACAGUAGCCCUGUCUUUCAAACAAAAUAAGCAGCUGGGCGCCAGCUUCUUCUUCAAGAGAGGUGAAGGGGACCGGGGAAAUGCGACGAAGUUGUUUACGACUUUGACGCAACAACUCAUGAGCAAUCUUCCUGGAUUGACUGCUGCGAUUCGAAAAGUAGUCCAGGAUGACCCUCUCAUUGCGACGAGAGGACUCAAACAACAAUUCAACAAGCUUCUGCUUGAACCAUUACUUCAAUUCAAGAGCCCACAUGAAAACCGAAUAUUGGUAAUCGUGAUUGAUGCUCUAGACGAGUGUGGAUCGGAGAACGAUAUACAGGCAAUUCUUCAAUUGAUACCACAGCUCCAAGAACCGAAAGAGGUACAGAUUCGGGUCUUCUUGACGAGUAGGCCAGAGUUGCCAAUUCGUCUCGGCUUUUCAAAAAUGGCCAAUCAGGACUACAAGAAUCUCACUCUCCAUGAGUUACCGGAAGAUGUCACUGCGCACGACAUAUUAUUAUUUCUGAAGCACCGACUAGCUCAAACCGGGAGGGAACGCUCAUUAUCUGUUGACUGGCCUGGAGACAUCAAAACACAACAGCUUUUGAAAAUAUCUGUUCCACUCUUCAUCUUUGCUGCUACCAUGUGUCGCAUACUUGAUGAUCUUCAAUGGGACCCUAUGGAUAGCCUCGAAGAGAUCCUUGCUUGCCGAGGGGGGAGCGCUAGUCUUCAUGGAACAUACCUCCCUGUAUUCAGUCGACUUCUUCUCAAUCAGACCGAGAAACAAAAGAAGCAGCUUAUACAUGAGUUUCAAGACGUAGUCGGUACAAUCGUCAUCCUUGAAAGUCCUCUGUCGGUCAUCUCUAUCUCUGCACUUCUUGGCAUCUCCAAAAGUGUCAUCAAAUUGAGAUUGAGUUCGUUGAACUCGGUGCUAAGCAUCCCGGAAAAUGAAACCAUGCCGAAAAACAUCUGUGGACUUGAACAUGAUGGAAGUCAAAGAUCCGAGAUUGGCAUCUCAUCUAUCAGCCGUUGUCUUCCUCCCGAGCUUCAGUACGCGUGUCGUUUCUGGGCCUACCAUUUCACGCAGGGUGACGACUCAAAGUCAUUGCAUAAUGUUCUCGCCUUCUUGCAGACACAUUUCCUUCACUGGAUGGAGGCAAUGGGAAUCCUAGGUCUUGCACACGAAGUGGUAGGAAUCAUUGACCUCCUACACUCUUGGGUGGAUAGCCACAAGUCCCGUGAGCUUUCUGAGUAUUUACAGGAUGCCAGACGAUUUGCGUCAAGGAAUACCGUCGUAGCAAAUGAAGCUCCUCUCCAGCUUUAUUGCUCAGGUCUUCUAUUUGCUCCGAAAAACUCAGUUAUACGAAAGACCUUCACUAGGUACCUUCCUACAUGGAUUUCCAAAGUCCCAGACGUUGAAGUAAAUUGGAGUGCAGACGUUCACUCUUCUGAUCUUUUCUCAGGGCAGGUUUUGCCAAUAUCCUUCUCCCCGGAUAGCCAGACUUUAGCAUAUGGUGCUCAUGAUGGCAGUGUCAAGCUCUGGGAUGUCAUGACAGGCGUCUUGAAACAGUCUUUGGAGCGGCAUUCAAAUGAUAAAGAGAACGUCUCGUUGGUUUCUUUUUCGCCAGAUGGUCAAUUCCUCGCGUCCGCCACUUUUAAGGAUCGCACUGUUAAGCUUUGGGAUCUUACCGCAGGUACAUUGCAGCGGACGCUUAGCCAUCCACAGUGUUCCCCUUGCUGUCCGAUUUUUUCUCCUGACGGCCGCUUCUUGAUUUCUCUUGCAUGUGACCCCGACUACCCUACAAUCUUCCUCUGGAACUUGGUCAGUGAUUGCUUUGAGCAGGAAACAGCCAACACCAUAGGAGAUGCGGAUUGUGUAGCAUUCUCCCCCAAUAGCCAGCUUUUAGCGUUAGCAUCAGCUGAUGGCUUGGUGAAAUUGUGGGACCUUGCUUCCGGCAAUCUUCAGCAGACCUUGGAAGGUCACAAAAGGCGAAUAAAACGUGUCUCAUUCUCUCAUACUGGCCAGUUUAUCGGGAUCCUAUGCGAGGAACAUAGAUUCAGGAUCUGGAACAUCGUGACCGGCGCAGAGAAGAUCCUUCCGGCUCAGAUAUUUGCCGGAAUCUUCUCGCCCACCGAGAAAGUUCUCGUGACUGUGUCGCAUGAAUUUUCGUUAUCUUCUUGGGAUCCUGACACAGGCCUUCCUUUGAAGGACUUUCAAGGCAAAUAUUGCAAUUAUGAUCAAGCAUUUUCUCCUGACGGCAAGCUCUUGGCCCUUGCACAGGACCAAUCGCAAGUCACGAUAUUGGAUAUGCCGACAGGUAUUCUGCAUCCUCCUUUUGGCGCACACGCUGAUAGCGUAUUAUCUAUGGCUUUCUCCCCCAACGGCCAAUUUCUUGCGUCUGCCUCGGCGGAUAAAGUGGUGAAGAUUUGGCAUGUUGGUGCAGGUAUACCAAAGCCUGAACAGUGUUAUGAGGGUCAUUCAAGCAGAGUUUGUUCAUUAACCUUUUCCACUGACGGUGAGAUCCUGGUCAGUUGCUCGGAUGAUGGAACAACUGCACUAUGGUGCCCAAAGACGGGCAGUUUAUCCCAAAAGCAACUAUUGGGAGGUUCCCCUCCACCAUACGUUGCGUUGGCACCCAGUGGCAAAGUUCUCGUUUCUAUUUCAGUCAACAAAGAGAUCAAUCUGUGGAGAAUAACGAAGUCCACAAUUGAACCCAUUCCGACCUUUCAGGGUCUGAGCUCUAGAGACGAGCCACGUGAGACCAGUAAGGUGGUCUUCUCUCCCUGUAGCCGCAUUUUAGCCUCCCUUUCGAAAGAAACCAUUCAGCUUUGGGAUACAGACACCGCAACGGGCUCUCUCCGCCUAAAACAUACUCUGGAUGGGCAUUCGGAUCAUAUUUGGGAUACUCUAUCAUUUUCGCCAAAUGGCCAGCUUCUAGCUACUUCCUCAAAGGAUAAAACGCUCAAGCUUUGGAACACCACAACAGGCUCUUUGGAGAAAACAUUUCAAUGCCAUCCGAUGAAUGUUCCCCGUUUGGAGUUCUCUCCCAAUGGCCGGUUUAUCGCUUGCUAUUCGAUUGAUCUGGAGAUCUGUAGGAUAUACCCGCAGAUUAACGUUCUCUCGAGAUGGCUCAUAUUUGAAUACUGA